AUGGCCUUGGCUGCUGGAAGCAGGCGGAGGCUUCGCGAUAUACUCCCGCAGUACUACACCCAGAACCAUGGUCAGAUGUUGCUGUUCCAUGAGGAGCCGCAUUCUCGGGCGCCAGCACAGCUUGGACUUGCCAGGCAACAGAUUUCAAGAGCAGGGAGCUUGGUAGGUCAUGGAGAUUCCACCAGCUCCGCUUUGCAGGGAGCCUUGUAUGUUGUGCUGGUGGUCAACAGCUCAGGAUCUAUGCCUGCGCGCCUCUUUGCAGACAGCUGGGGUGCCAGAGAUACAGCAGAGCAAGCUCUCACUGGCCUGGGCCUUUCCAUUUGCCAUUUUGUGUGUCUGUGCUUGCUAUGCCUGGGCGUUGAACACCUGGGAGGCUCACGCGUGCCGCUGGCUCCGGUUCUGGGCGUUCUGGGAUUCGGAGCCGCAGCUACGGGGUAUGGCUUUGCAAGUGCAGCCUUGUGGUGGUUCUACAGGUCACCCGUGGACGGCUUCGUCCUCUCGGCUGUUGAAGAGUGGGCUGGUGCGCUGUUAGUUGCCUUCUGCGGGAGACUCGCUUGGAGUUUUCUUGCAACGAGCUUGGCAAGUUUGCGCGGGGCACGAGUUGCAGAGUCCCAUGUGGAAGCUUCGACAGCAGUGCUGACUGCCUUGUGUGAUACCUACUUGGUGCUGUCGUCUGACCUCCAGGUGUUGCAGUGUCAUGGCAAGCACCUCCAAGGAUGUUUCAGUGAUUUUCUUCACGACAGUGAGGCCCUUCAUCUUCAAGAGGUGCUACACCGGGCAAGGGCUCACCAAGACGAGGCGGUGACAGUGUCGGCACGGUUGGCUCCUCUCUUCGGGCAUCGUGGGACUGCGCAGCUUUGUUGCUCGUGGUUUUCCAGUGCCCACGGAGAGUGCUUGUACUUGAUGGCCAUCCGCUUCGGUGUUCCAGAAGCCCGCAGCUUUGCUGAGCCAGACUCCGACCUAGGCGACCCAGAGGCCCAUGAUGGGAUUGCCGAACAGGACCUGGAGGCUGCGCAUGAGCUCACCGUGGGAACGUCCUACCCCCAUGCCGUUCACCGGACCAGUGCUGGAUUGGAGGAUGUCCUUGGCGAGGCACUUCAAGGAGAAGGCUUUGCUUUGCGACUGCCAGACAAGUCGGAGCGGCAAGAACUCCAGCAAUGGCUCGAGUCCAACGCGUCCGCCUCGCCUGGCCGAAGUCAACGUGUGUUUGGGCCAGUCAGACUGCAAGCGCGUGCAUCUUCCUGGGAUGUCAGACGCGACUGCGGCGAUCGCGCAGUGACCAUUGUGCUCACUUGGUGCACUGGCGAGGUGGAAAGCUCGGAGUGCCUUGCGCGGCUGAAGAUCUUCGUUCUGAGUGAGCAGGCGUCUCUCGGCAAUGCGGACGCCAGCCGGUGCCGGCUGACCUGCUUGAAGGGGGUUUAG